AUGCCAAGUGAACGCAUUGCUGCCUCAGUGAGACUCAAUAAUGGUUUAGUCAUUAGAGAGGCAGGUCCCAAGUCAUUUGCAAAGGCAUUUUCCAGUGGCUAUCUAAUUGGAGAAGUUUUGCACAAGUUUGCACUUCAGGAUGAUUUUGCAGACUUUUCAGAAAGCAGGAUUUCCAGUGCCAAACUUAACAAUUUUUCUCGCUUGGAGCCCACACUUCACCUUUUGGGUGUGCAAUUUGAUCAGAAUGUGGCCCACAAUAUCAUCACAGAGAAGCCUGGGGCUGCCACGAAACUCUUAUAUCAGUUGUACAUUGCUCUCCAGAGGAAAAAGAAAGGUGUUCAGACUAGAGUGGAAAUGAGCACAAAAGUUCAAAACAUGAAAAGCGAGGCUUUCCGAGAUCAACGCUUGAGCAAAAGACGACAAAAUGAAAUCAUGGCCAAAAUCCAAGCAGCUAUCAUACAGAUUCCUAAACCCACAUCAAAUCGUACUCUGAAAACAUUUGACGCCCAAAAAUUAAUGAAAAAGAAAAAAGAGGCAGAGGAUGUGGCCAAUGAAAUUAAGAAGUUUGAAGCAUUAAUAAAAAAGGAUCUCCAGGCAAAAGAAAGUGCAUCCAAGACUUCUCUAGAUACAGCAGGCCAGACAACCACUGAUUUGUUAAACACUUAUUCAGAUGAUGACUACAUUAAAAAAAUCCAAAAACGCCUUGAAGAAGAUGCUUUUGCACGAGAGCAAAGGGAGAAAAGACGGCGGAGACUCUUAAUGGAUCAGUUAAUAGCUCAUGAAGCCCAAGAGGAGGCUUAUCGGGAGGAGCAGUUGAUCAACCGGCUGAUGCGACAGUCCCAGCAGGAACGCAGGAUCGCUGUGCAGCUCAUGCACGUUAGGCACGAGAAGGAAGUUUUAUGGCAAAACAGAAUUUUCAGAGAAAAACAAUAUGAGGAAAGACGGCUUAAAGACUUCCAGGAUGCUCUUGAUCGAGAAGCGGCUUUAGCCAGACAAGCCAAGAUUGAUUUUGAAGAACAAGCCCUCAGAGAUAAGGAAAUUCAUGAGCAGAUUGCCAUAGAAAGAGCUCAAGCUCGUUACAAAAAGCAUUAUUCAAUAUGUGCAGAAAUUUUGGAUCAGAUACUUGAUCUGUCCACUAAGGUGGCAGACUAUCGAUUGUUGACAAAUAACCUGAUCCCAUAUAAGUUGAUGCAUGAUUGGAAGGAACUGUUUUUCCAUGGAAAACCCAUAUAUGAGCAAGCCUCUCUUAGACAUUUACCAACUAAGCUCUCUGCAGAACACCUUGUAGAACUGGAGAAAAGGAACUUGCUAGAUAACAAUGAUUAUGAAGAAUAUAAGAACAUGGUUGGAGAAUGGGCCUUACCAGAAGAAAUGGUUGAAAACUUACCACCCUCCAACAAUUGCAUAUUGGGCCAUGUAAUUCACAGACUAAUUGAAAGUUCUCUUCCUCCUCAAGUUGAAUCUACAGUACCUGAGUUACCUUCAUUUGCUAUAAAAGGAUGCUUGUUGGGGAAAACCUUUAGUGGAAAAACUACUGCUCUAAAGGCUCUAGAGAAAAGCUUUCCUAUUCAGGUACUUUCUAUUGACACUCUUGUUCAAGAAGCUAUCCAAGCAUUUCAUGACAAUGAAAGUAUCAGUGGGGCCCAUGGACUUCAGAAAGCACCUGAAGAAAAGGUUUUACCAGUUAGGCGAAAGAGUGGUAAAGAAAACCAGGCAUGUACUUCCUCCCCAAAGGACGUGCAAGAUGAAGCACUACCAGAAAGAGAAGAUAAAACCAGACUUGAUACCGAUGCUAGAAAAGCAGCAAAAGCUGAAGAAGUCGUAGCGAGUGAUAGUUUCUCUGAACUCACUGUGCGUGCUCAGCUUGGUGCAAAAUCAGAAAUGCUGCUGAAGAAAGGAAAGAGCAUAUCUGAUAUAUUGCUAGUCAGCAUCAUGGUAAAUGCCAUUAAUCAGAUACCUAUGUAUAAAGGCUGGAUCCUGGAUGGCUUUCCAAUGACAUUAAACCAAGCAAAGCUUCUGGAGGAAGCACUCACAGGCUACAACAGAAACCUCAUAGAACUGGAGGGAAAGAAAUCACAAACAUCCACAUUAGCUGUUGACCCUACAGCUUCCAAAGAAGUGCCUCUUCCCCCUUCUGCAUUUGAUUUUGUCAUGUUAUUAGACAUUUCAGAUAAUUCCUCACUGAAUCGCAUGAAUGACAUCAUGGCUGAAGCAUUUUCAAGUGAAGCCCCUCAUGAAGAUAUCAAUCAGCGUGUAGCUGCUAAACACAAAGAUACAGAUGAGGACCAGAAUUUAAGAGAUCAAAUACAGCACAGAAUUGUAGGCUUCCUGGACAACUGGCCUUCGUUGGAGCAGUGGUUUACAGAGCCAGAAAACAUUUUAAUAAAAAUCAAUGCUGAAGUAGAUAAACAGUCAUUGUUCCAAAAAGUAAAGGAAAUGAUUAUGACUGAAAUAAUUAAAAAAGAAAAUAAAGGUUCUCCUAGAGGAAAAUCGGUAGGAGGGAAGAUUCCACUCAAAAAAUCACCUGCCGAGUCUACAGAUGUUUCACCGGUCCCGGUAGUGCCAGCCCCAUCGAAGCCCGGAUCAGAAGAGUGGGUGUAUGUAAAUGAACCAAUUCCUGAGGAAAUACCAUCAUUUUUAGUACCAUACUGGAAAUUGAUAGAAAAUUCCUAUAUAAAUUCCAUCAAAACAGUACUCAGGGAGUUGAGAGAAGGCCAGCAUAGCAUACUUGCUUACUUAUAUGAUAUUAGAACAGGCUUCCAGCAGUUUCUGAAGCGUCCAGACCACAAGCAAGACUUCGUGUCUCAGUGGCAGGCGGAUUUCAACUCCCUUCCUGACGACCUGUGGGAUGAUGAGGAAACAAAGGCUGAGCUGCACCAAAGAGUGAAUGAUUUACGGGACCGCCUGUGGGACAUUUGCGAUGCCCGCAAGGAAGAAGCAGAGCAGGAGCGUCUGGACAUCAUUAACGAGAGCUGGUUGCAGGACUCGAUGGGAAUUGCCAUGAACCAUUUCUUCUCACUGAUGCAGGCAGAACUGAACCGUUUCCAAGAUACGAAGAGAUUCCUGCAAGAUUAUUACAGGGCCAUGGAAUGUAAAAUUCCGAUGGAUGACACUAAGAGAUUCACUCGAGUCCCACUGGUCCGACUGGACAGUAGAGAUAUUUUGGAAAGCCAGCUUAGAAUUCCCCUGGUUCCUCGAAGAUCCAUUUCUCCAGAGUCAGCUCUAUCCAAACCAAAAGCAAAAAGCAUCCUGAAGGGCAAGAUCGAUUACACGCUGGAAAGUGUAGAGCUAAACUUUGAGACCGAUGAGAAGAUGGUGAUGGAUACGUGGCAGCAGUCUUCUUUGGCAAUAUCUCACAUGGUGGCUGCUGAAAUUCAUCAGAGGCUCAUGGAAGAAGAAAAAGAAAACCAGCCAGCAGAAACAAAAGAAAAACUUCCUCAGGCAGCUGCAAAUAAAAAAGUGAAAAAGGAGCCUCCGCCACCGCCACCACCAGCCAAGAAAAAGAAAGAGGACAAAAAAGGAAAAGGUAAAUCCCCACCUAUGGCAGAAGCUGCUCCUGUAGUAGUGCCAGCAGAAGAGGCUGAGGAAGUGGAAUUAAAAAAUGAACUGAAGCUCAGAAUAAAGGAAGAGCAUCUUGCUGCCCUGCAAUUUGAAGAGAUAGCUACACAGUUCCGACUUGAACUGAUAAAGGUAAAAGCAUUGGCUUUCCUGGAAGAGUUAGUAAUAAAGGCGGUUGAUGUAUAUAGACUCAUGGACAAGUGGCUCGGUGAGAGGUACUUGAAUGAAAUGGCCAGUGUGGAAAAACUAACUGGGGUAGCUCGCUAUCACAUUGAAACAUCAACCAAAAUUCAGAAUGAACUUUAUUUAGACCAAGAAGACUUCUUCAUUAAUGGCGAUAUCAAAGUCUUUCCAGAUCCACCUCCUCCAGUACGCCCUCCACCUGUGGAAAAGGAGGAAAACGGCACCCUGACCAUCGAGCAGCUUAACAACCUCCGGGAUCAGUUCUUAGAUAUAGCGCCCAAAGGUAUAAUAGGAAAUAAAGCAUUUGCUGACAUUCUGCUGGAUUUGGUAACUCUGAACCUUGGAACAAACAACUUUCCUACUAGUUGGAUGAACCUCACUCAACCGGAAUUGCAGGAGUUAGCAUCUUUGUUGGUAACAAACUCGGAGUCCGUGGACUGGCGGAAAUUCUUGUUAGUAGUAGCGCUGCCUUGGCCCAUCCCCCUGGAGGAGGAGCUUCUGGAGACCCUGCAGAGGUUCAAGGCCCUGGAUGCGGAGCAGCUGGGCACCGUCACUUAUGAACAGUAUAAGCAGACUGGCCUGUGGUUUACAGGAGAUGAAGAUAUCAAAAUUCCAGAAAAUCCUCUUGAACCCCUGCCAUUCAAUAGGCAGGAGCAUCUUAUAGAGUUUUUCUUUAGGUUGUUUGCUGACUGCGAGAAGGUUCCACCCCAGCUUGACUACACACAGAUGCUGCUUUAUUUUGCUUGCCAUCCAGACAGUACAGAAGGGGUCUACAGGGCCCUCAGCGUAGCCAUUGGGACUCACGUCUUCCAGCCAAUUGAAAUGCCUCAUCCUGUUGCAGCAAAGACCUCUUCCUUUACUGAUAUGAGUCCCAUUGAGGGAUAUCCUGAACUCGAGGACAACUUUAUGAGUGAGGAAAGAGAAUUACAAGAGGACGGGGAGGAAAAGGAAGAAGAAAUCCCUGAAAAUGCAAAUACGGAAAUGAUUUCCAUGCAAACAUUACUCCAAGUGUUCCGAGGAGGAAAUGAAGUACUGGACGCUAACAGAUUUGCCAGCCACCGAAAGAUAGAGAACAUUUAUUUAGAGAACUUCAUAAAAGUGUUUCAGGACCUAGGUUCCAAGAACCUCAAGCCAAUUGAAGUUGCUGUUCUUCUGAAGCAUCCUUUUAUUCAAGACCUGAUUUCAAGUUAUCCAGACUAUAAGAUCCCUGAUGUUAAGAUAAUUCUCCAAAGGAGUGAGCAUGUACAAGGAAGUGAUGAAGAGAGGUCUCCUUCAAGACUUACAGAGGAAAAGAAAUGA